AUGUCUUUCAAACUCCUCCUCGUCGCCCUGCCAGUCCUGGCAAUCGCCUGCACUGGUCCUGGAAUCAACGAUAAUGGCCUUGGCCUGAUCAAGAGCUUCGAGUCUUUUGAACCUGAAGUUUAUGAUGACGGCUUCGGCAACCCCACCCUCGGCUACGGCCAUCUCUGCGGUGACGCAUCGUGCUCAGAGGUGAUCUACUCAAUCCCCUUGACCGAGGCGACAGCGAGCCAGUUGUUGGCCGAUGAUCUGGUGACCUAUCAAAAUGGCGUGACUAAUGCGCUUGCAACUGCUGUCACUCUCAAUGACAACCAGUAUGCCGCGCUGGUCUCAUGGACUUACAACGUUGGUGUCGGAAAUAUGCGGUCAUCUUCCCUGGUCAGCCGCAUGAAUGCCGGUGACGAUGUGUCCACUGUGGCGGGUGAGGAGCUCCCAAAGUGGAACAAGGCUAAUGGUGCCGUGGUUCCUGGUCUGACUCGCCGCCGUAACGAGGAAGUUGCGCUGUUCGAUACUGCUACCGAUGGUAGUGCUUUGCCCGUGGGUUGUUGA